AUGUACCCCAGCAACAAGAAGCCUCCAUCAACACUUCGGAUCGUCCAGCCUGGCGCAACUUUCAUUGCUGUCAAUUUCCAGCAACUCAACUUGUUUCCCAGGGACAAACUCGUCGUGCGAGAUCCGAGUGGCUCCAUGUCUGUUAAUAUCACGGCAGCCUUCCACCCGGCGCAGACAAUUGAGACCAGCAACGAAUCGCCGUAUUCGGUGCUGCUACGGACGCACCCGUUCUUGAUCAAAGGCAAUACAGUCGUGAUUGAAUACAUCCCGAGUAUUCCGACACUGAUGCUCCCAGUCGUUCCAAGACGUGAUAGCCCCGUAGUAGUAAUGGACUCGUAUCUGUACGUCACGUACAGCUCUUCAAUGGUCGGCGUCGACACGGAAAGCACAGUUGGAGCUAAGGAUGAAGCCAAAGAAGCCGUUUGCUUUCGUAAGACGCAGCCCAAAAUGUAUGCAAAGGCUCGAGCUGUGGCGAGGCUGAUGAUCCGCACUCAGGAGGAGCAACGUGCAGAGGGUUCGGAACAAGUAACAAGCUGGUCGUUCUGCACUGGUUGGCUCAUAGGACGAGGCAAUUACUUGCUCACCAACCACCACUGCAUCAAAGACGCCGUUGUCGUCGAUCGAGAUCGGACGGAAGGAGUGCUGUCCAGUGUCAUCAGCCAAUUCUGGCCUCGUAGCGGUACUUCUUCUCUACCAAACAGAGCCGGUCGUGUUGUAGAAGCCGUGGUAGGCUUCAUGGCCGAGACCAAGUCGUGUCGGGACGCAGGCUUCAUGGGUGAAAAAGUUGGCAUUGUGGAAGCCACGCGCGUCUCGGUGAUCACUGAAAACCCGGCGCUAGACUACGCUCUGCUACGAGUGCUCACGAAUGGCUCGGCGACAGAAUUGGCGCGACGUUAUGGCUAUCUUCGCCUCCGUGCUGCAGGUCCCAAGGACGGUGAAGCCAUCUACAUCCCGCAACAUCCACGUGGUGAGCCCAAGGAGAUCGCUGCAACGAAAGAAGGGAAACCUGCCGUGAUUGAAAUAUCUGCGUCGAGCUCGAUCGACUCCUCUCGACAUUUUCGUGGCAGUGACGCACGCAGUAUCCAGCCGACGGUCUGGUACAAUGCCGACACGGAGCCUGGCUCGUCCGGUUCACCCGUACUGAGUCGGAAAGACAACACCGUUGUGGCCCUGCAUCGCGCCGGAAACUCCGAGACUGCGCAGUCAACGUCCACGGAGCUGUUCAACAUGGGUGUGCGCGUUGACUUGGUAGCACGUGACCUAGAGCGACGCAACGUUUUGCCCCGAAACGCGUUGGCUUCGUGA